GGAAAGAAGCGGUUGGUUUUCGUUGUUCCAUGCCAAAGCAUGUAUUCCAUUUCCACGCUACUCCAAUAUGAGAUGAGUCCAUCUUUCUCCGCUUCCGUUCUUCAGUGCAGAAACCGCCUGGGUCAACACCAGAUAAGAGGCGUGACAUAAGCCAGCGGAUCACUCGCCCUCAAGCUCUUCUUAGUUCUUACUGAAGUCCAGUGAAGAGGAGCAGCAGCAGUGGGCAUGUCACCGGCGACGGCGAGAGGCGGUGCCCAGGAGGACCAGGCCGGCGAAGCCGGCGUGGACAAGGACGGCGCCGCCGAGGGAGGGAAGGGCACGUGGAGGCACGCGGCGGUCCACGUGGCGACGACGAUCGCCACGCCGGCAGCCUACGCUCCCUUGCCCUUUGCCCUCGCAUCCUUGGGCUGGCCUCUGGGUGUUUGCAGCUUGGUGAUAGGGACGCUGGUCACCUGGUGUUCUAGCCUGGCCGUUGCCUCGCUGUGGCAGUGGAACGGGGAGAAGCACACCAGCUACCGGCUGCUCGCACAAAGCAUAUUUGGUCCAUGGGGCUACUGGUAUGUGUCGUUCUUCCAGCAAGUGGCGUCGGUUGGCAACAACAUUGCGAUCCAGAUUGCGGCCGGCAGCAGCCUCAAGGCCGUCUACAAGCACUACUACGCCGCCGACCAUGGCGCGAUGACGCUGCAGCACCUCAUCCUCCUCUUCGGCGCGUUCGAGCUGUUUCUCUCGCAGCUUCCCGACAUCCAUUCGCUCCGGUGGGUGAAUGCUACCUGCACUGCGUCCACCAUUGGGUUUGCCGGGACAGCCAUCGGUGUCACGAUAUACGAUGGAUAUCGGGUUGACCGAAAUGAUGUUGGCUACAGCCUGCAAGGAAGCACCGGAACUAAGGUCUUCAGAGGUUUCAAUGCACUGGGCACAAUAGCCUUCUCAUUUGGUGAUGCAAUGCUGCCAGAAAUCCAGAGCACCGUGCGAGAACCGGCGACGACAAACAUGUACAAGGGUGUCUCGACGGCGUACACAUUGAUCGUCGAGUCCUACUGGACACUGGCAUUCAGUGGCUAUUGGGCAUUUGGCUCUGAAGUCCAGCCAUACAUCUUGUCCUCCCUGACUGUCCCAAGAUGGGCAAUUGUAAUGGCAAACAUAUUUGCAGUCAUUCAGAUCACAGGUUGCUUUCAGAUAUACUGCAGGCCGACAUACGCGCACUUUGAAGAGCGCAUUCAGGCGAAGAACACGGCGUACAGAGCAUGGCUGUGGCGACUGAUGUACACCUCUGCAUACAUGGCGACGAUCACCCUUGUUGCCGCCGCAAUGCCAUUCUUUGGGGACUUUGUAUCAGUUUGUGGAGCGGUUGGGUUCACCCCACUGGACUUUGUGCUGCCUGCAUUGGCAUUUCUCAAGGCCGGGAAGCUGCCCAAAAACCUGGGCCUGCGGCGUACUGUCAAGGCCCUUUGCUGCUCCGGCGCCGUCUUGUUCUCUGUCAUCGGAGUUCUUGCGUGCACUGGCGCCAUCAGAGCAAUUGCGCUCGAUGUCAAGACCUACAAGUUCUUCCAUGACAUGUGAUCAUAGUUAAGUUAUAUCAGGUUGCUCUGUGCAUCAGUUCAUUUAGAUGUAGGUUUGUUUGUGCCAGUGUUAGAUGCCAGGUAGUAAUAUGCAAUGUCAUAUACAAUAGUACAUGGGGACUCAUUUUGUAAGUUGAGUCACAUUUUUGAAACAUAUAUAGGAUCAGAAUCAAAACACAGACAUCUCAGACUUCGAUGACCACAGAAAUCGACUUACAAUUCAUGAAAAAAGAUAUCAAGAAAGCAACGAAUAAGCAUACCACUGUAAUAGAAGAACCUAGAGCAAAGCAUACAUGAUGGAUGCUGUCAUAUAAAUCAUGACAUCAUACAUAACAAUAGUGCAUUCCCUUCUAAACACAAAGUGUAGGACUAGGACACAUUAAAUUUCGUCAAGAAUUGAUUCUCAUAUUGAACUGAGCAUUCUAAGGUCCGACAACCUAGUGGUGUGAAAUCUGUCUUCUGCAAACUCCUCUGACAAUUUCAGGUCAAUGCCUGCAACAGCAUUGACACUAAACCUUUUCACCCUGUCACUGAGAAGAACUGUUAUUAUAGAGUCUGAGAUAUGGCUGGGUGCACCAGAAACAACCUUGAAGAGGGCCUCUCUUGGCAAAAUCGGCUGUGCGGUCGGUACUUACUACCAUGCCAAGGUAGUAGAUGAGAACUUCAUUCAUGUAGCCAUGUGCAUGUUCUGGAGUUUCCUCUGCUGUUCAAUUGAUGCUGGUCAACAACAGCCUAAAUUCAUCAAUCUUAGAAUUGGCCAAGGUUUGUGAGGUGAAUGAGGAGAAAGGUUUCAUGUGAAUUUGUGUCUUACUCAUAUAAAAUUGGGCUGCUGCAAAUGGUUUGAAAUAAAUUAAAUUAAAUCAUACCAGCUGGAAAACAUUUUGAAAACUGCCACUUUCCUGGUCCCAAAUGUCACUACUGCUAAAUUUGGUCUAAAUAUCAUGGUCAAGUGUCGAGACAGACACCUCCCUUUAAUAUUAGGUAGAGACAGAUAUUAAGUUAGAGAUGUGAAAGUGUCGAGAGAGACACCUCACUUUAAUAUUAGGUUAGGUAGAGAUGUGAAACACAUCUUUUACUUUUGUUAGGUAUAAAUUCAAGUUCUUUACACCCAUGUAAAUUUUCAUAGCAAAAGAGCACUGAAACUUUUUUUUGUGCACAGGGUGCAAAAUAACCAUCUCCCAUGAAAGUUUACAAACGCAAAACAGACAGUGUUCUUUCUGUAAUAUUUUGACAUUCAGAAAUUGUUUUCACCCAAGAGUGCACCAU